AUGAAAUCCUCGAGUACAGCGCCAACCAUCACAUCGGCUGGAACUGCAAGCUCGGUUUCCUGCGAAGCCUCCGAUUACUGGGCUCCGACUGUGUCGAAGUGGGCAGAGGAAGAUGUGGACGCGAGGCUUAAGUCUUGGGCUCUUAGCCUGAUUCCUGAUCCACCGACCACUGUCGUCAAGGGAUCUUUCCCAACGCAACUUCCACAGAUACUUACCGGCUUCGGGGACACUAACAAAUACGAGAAUGUGAUCGGAACUGCAGGUCAAUCCAUGUCCAUCGCGAAAGGGGGCAUGGAUGCAAGCAGCGUAUUGGUUGACGGACCCAAUGGACAGUGCCUCCCUAUCUCUGUUUCAGAUGCUUCAUCACCGCGAACACUCGAGCUCAAGUCGGAAAACAUCGGCUGGAACCUCAUCAGCGGCGGUGCGCCGGCCAAAGCGAUCGAUUACGGACAGGGUUCCUCAGCUACGGUCCCCAAUACCAUGCCGACGCCGUGCUACGCGGGCGACCCGGCUUGCGGGGCGGCGGACGGUGGGUGGUAUCCCAGGGGUCUAGGUAAUCGAGGCGUUAGUAUGAGGGACAACUACUGA